AUGGCGCGGAAGGAGCUUCAUCGGAUCUCAGCCCAGAAGAAGUUCCCGGGGCCCCCAGCACCUCAGGGCCUAGGUGGAAAUGCUCCUCGCCCUCGCUUUGCACCCUGGGAGCCUCACUCCCGUGGGGGUUUCAUUGUUUCAGGCAGGAAUCAGUCAGAGGCAAAUCUUCAGGGCUUUCAGGAUAAAGUUGAUGAAUCUGAAAAUAAAAGGAAGGAACACAUCAAUGUCAUCUUCACAAAACUGCGUGCCAUGCUGCAAAAUCAUGGUUAUCCUGUGAAAGGAGACAGAGCUAAAAUGUCACAGAGCACUGCCGCCCUUUCACAGAAGAAUGAAGGCAAAGUCAAUCCAGAAAUGUCUCAAGAAAAAUCUAGCUGGAUUCCAUCAUUUCAAAGCUAUGAAGUAUUCAACCAUAUGACUCUACAAUCAUUAGAUGGCUUUAUGAUAAUCGUGAGCACAGAUGGAGUGAUAAUUUUCGCAGCUGAAAACGUCUUUUCUCUCCUUGGCCAUGUACCAGAUGAACUUGUGGGUAAAAAAUUAUUAAGCCUUCUGCCUGAGGAAGAGAAAAGUGACGUCUCCCGAAAGAUUGCUUUCAAACUUCCUUUAUCAAAUUCAGGGAAACAUAUUGAUUUUUGCUGUCAUUUAAGAAGAAGAAACAUUGAAUGUGAUAGCAGCCCUUCUUAUGAAUAUGUGAAAUUCAUCCUGAGUCUAAGAGAUGUUUCUAAUGAGCCCCUGUUGCUCUUCCGUAGCUUCUUUCCCAGCCAAUCCUAUGAGUCAUCUGCUACAAAUUUUCCUUUGAAGGAUCAGUUUUAUCUGGUGGGGACUGUUUGUGCCCUUAAAGCUCAAACUCUGCAGGAACUUUUCACUGCAAAGGAGUCCAAUAAAGAUGCCCUGCUGACACAAGAUUCGGAUGAGGAAUAUCUAUCUCUGGACCACAGAAGCAUUCAAGGCCAAAGAAUUUAUGGAGUGGAAUUCCUGAAGGCUGAACCUGCUGCUCCUGCCUCAGAAGAUCAAGUUGAUAUUGUAGCAGUCGAGCAGUAUGGAUCACAAGAAUCUGAUUAUGAAAUUAAAAUAGAGUCUGAUACAUCUAAUGACUCCCGCAUCUCUUCCCUGGAAAGUAUAUCUGAACUGCCAGGUGGGUACAUUCAGACAUUUGGAUGGGGACUAUCAGAAGAAAAAUAUACUGCAUCUUAUGAAUGCACCACAAACUUUGAAUUUGAACGUGAGGUGGAAUAUGUGGAUUAUAUGGAUGAGGUGGAGGAGGUGGAGGAGGUGGAGGAGGUGGUCGAGAUGGAGCAAGAGGAUGAGGUGGACCAGGAGGACCAGGAGGACCAGGAGGACCAAGAGGACCAGAUGGACCAGGUGGACCAGGAGGAUCAGGAUGACAGUGUGGAGCAGGAGAUCAUCUCAUGUUCCAGUGUGAUUACUGACAUCAGUGAUGAGUCAUUGCAAAUACCACCGUCAAUUGUAUCAUACAUCAACAGACGUGAGCUGACACUGAUGAAGAUGUUCAGUGAACAGCUGGAGGAGAAGACUCAGAUGCUGCAGGCUGACAUUAGAAGCCAGAGGGAUGCACUGGAGAUGUUGACUGAGCAGCUUCAGGCAAUGCAGGAUUGCAAGCUUCAGGUGCAGCCAUCCACGUCACGCCCCAUUGACAGUCCUGGGCCCCAGUCUUUGGAGCCGCCACCGAAGAAACAAUGCACUGAACAGAUGAAGGGAUCCUUUUCAGAUCUCAGGGAGUCCACACUUCUCUGUGGUUCAUCGCCUGCUCUCAGAUUCCCUGAGGAGCUUGAGGAGCCCUCUGCUGCCUCUAUCCAGCAGCACCUUCAGGGGCAGGAGCAAUACCUGCAGCAGCAGGAGCAGCAGACGCAGGAGGAGAGGCUGCAGGAGCAGCUGCAGGAACAGAAUGCCACUGUGGAAAACCAGACGCUGCAACUGCACAUGCCAAGCCAAACUGGCCUCUCUGUGCCCCUCUGUGGUAACACUGUUAUAUUUAUGCAGAUCCCGCCUAUGAUUGUUCCCAUCCAAUUAUUAGCAGAGCAACAGCCCUCUGGCUACAAUCAAGAUGAAAACCCUGGAGGCCAGAAAGAUGGGAGUCAUAGUUUCCUUCCUGAGGCCCAGCAGGGGCCCCGCAUGACUCCACUGCCACUGCCACACAACCCAGUCUCUGAGAUGCUUUCUUCUACAAGCUUUCCUCAUUCUCCCAUAAGUUGUGACUCAAAGUUAGUCACCCUGAAGACCCCGCAGGAUUAUGUCCAACUUUGGCCGCAGCUGCAUGGUUCACGGCGUCACCAUUCCCUCCGAGUGAAUACUUGGGCUCCUAGUGAGCAGGCCGUCCAGCAGGACCAGGUCACCUGGGCACAGCAGAAAUCAGCUACUGAAGGAGAAGACCAGGGCUUUCUGGGUCUAGAGACUUUCUCUGGGCCAGAGCGAAUCAGCUACUUCAUGUCUGUAGAGCAGUCUGACUUGGACGAGCUGGAUGAGUAG